AUGCCAAGGGUAGGAGGAAGCCGUCGUGACCAGGGACCCGAUGGUGUGCUGCCGGAGUCCUGGCUGUUGAACGAGGAGGCGGCGGAGAAGGCCGGGCUGACUGCCGUGAUAGUGGUGGCGGACUUCCUGCGCCGCCGCCUGUUGCCUCUGCGGGAGCAGGUCCGGCCCUGCUGGUACUACACCGGCCCCCAGGACAUCACUCGGAUGCAGAUCGGCGAGGAGUGGGACAUCGGCAUUCCGGAGCUGAAAGGUCUCCUCCGGGUGGUGAUCGGGGUGGACGAUCUGAGCCGGGAGAAGCUCCCCUGGAAGGAACUGGCGCUCUACGCCGAUCCAAACCAGGCAGCACUGCAAGCGACGCUGCCGGAGUUCGAAGCCCAGGGGCUGAUCGACCGGCUGGGGCGCUGCCUACGGGCGCCGUCGAGAGCCAGGGGCGGCCGGAGGCAUCGAGGCCGGCGCCAGCCCUCGAGCACGGUGGUGGAGCCAGGGCCAUCGAGCACAGCGGUGGAGCCAGGGCUGCCUAGCGCGGUGGCGGAGCCGGGGCUGGUGGGUGCGGCGGCAGAGCUGGGGCCUACGAACAUGGCGGCCGAGACAGAAACGGAGCCGCCGCCCUGCUUCGAGCCUACAACAGCGGCCACGCCCAAGUGUCCGGCGCCGUCCGAGCGCGCCGAGCGCGGGGCGGAUGACCGCGCGGCAGUUUUCGUGCGCGCCACCAACGAGGACGAACGGCGCGCUAUGGAGGAGGAGCGGAAGGCCUUGGAGGAGGCCCACGCGGAGGUCGCACGGGAGCGGAAGGCUUUGGAGGACGCCCGCGCGGAGGUCGACCAGACCCACACCAAGCUACAAUACUGGGGAGAGGAGCUCCAGCACGUCGAGGGGGAGCUCCAAUGCCGGGAGGAGGACGUCGCGAUCCGGGAGACCGACGCCGAGAUAACGGCGGUGAACUUGGUCACCCGGGAGGAUCUGCUGGCCCACCGGGAGGCGGAGGCUGCUGAGGCAGCGGCGACCGCUGCUGCUUGGGAGGAGCGGGCCGCCAAGUUCAAGAUAGAGCUGGCUGCCCGCGAGCAGGCGCUAUCCGUCUUGGCGGGGCAGGUGAAGCUGGCUGAGGCCCAGGCGCUCGGCGCUGGCUCUGCUGGUGCGGCUGGGGGGCAGGGCCUCGAGGAGCAGCUGCGGACCGUGACGGAGGAACUUGAGGCCGUCUCGGUCGAACGGGCCAGCCUGCAGCUGAUGCUAUAG